CAUAACACCCAAAUGCCAAGCCCUCAAAUCACUCCCCCAAAAUAUUUGUCACAAGAGGAAGGACUGACCCAAGAAUGUAAAACCCUCCUCUCUUCUCUCCCUAGAGACAAAGGAUGGGUAGCCAAUCAUCUCUUCCAAUACCAAGGCUUUUGGCACACAGCAAGACAACUCCAAGGAGUUCUCACUUGCCAACAACACUUCCAAGCUAACCCAGAUGAUCUACUCCUCAUUACCACUCCCAAAUCCGGUACCACUUGGCUUAAGGCCAUCGCAUUCGCCAUCGUAAAUCGGAAGCUUUACUCCUCAUCUGAUGAUCACCCACUUCUCAAAGCCAACCCACAUGAACUUGUUCCUUUCUUAGAGCUUAAUCUCUAUAUUGAAAACAAAAUCCCUGACCUUACUUCCUUUGCUUCUCCAAGGCUCUUCUCUACCCAUCUACCAUAUGUGUCCUUUCCUGAAUCUGUUAAACAACUAGGUUGUAAAAUGGUUUUUCUCUGUAGAGACCCAAGAGAUGUGUUUAUCUCAGCUUGGCAUUUCACAAACAAGCUGAGACCUCAAGCAAUUGGAACCCAAUCACUAGAAGAAGCUUUUGAUAGUUUCUGUAGAGGUGUGAUUAACUAUGGACCAGCCUUGGAUCACAUAUUGGAGUACUGGAAACAAAGCUUGGAGAGACCAGAAAAGGUAUUAUUCUUGAAGUUUGAAGAGAUGAAAGCUCAACCAAGUGUUCAGUUGAAAAGGUUAGCUGAGUUCUUUGGUUGUCCAAUUUCAGAAGAAGAAGAGAAAGAAGGGGUAGUAGAGACGAUAUUGAAGUUGUGUAGUUUUGAUCAUUUGAGCAAUUUGGAUGUAAACAAGACUGGGAAGAUGGCUACUGGGGAAGAACACAGUGCUUUCUUCAGGAGAGGUGAGGUGGGAGAUUGGGUAAAUCAUCUAACACCUGAGAUGAUAGAGAAGUUUAAACAAAUCAUUGAAGAGAAGCUCCAUGGUUCUGGUUUAAAGUUUUAAGUGUAUCUAGGGAAACUUGUG